AUGCCAUCGUCGAUCCUUUAUUGUCACCAAGGCCUAAAGAACAAUGAGGACUUGUCCAAGGCCGGGAUUGAACCUUCCCCUCGUGUGCCUCGUCGUUACGGGAGUCCCAUUCACAGAGCCACGUCCCGCUAUCCAUUUCCCGUGGAGAAGUUCUUUGUCGUGCGGAACUCGGUGAUUGACGCCCAGAACGACCUUGGGCGUGUUGACACCAUGAUGGACGAGCGGGACGGGUUGGCUCAGGAUAUGGACACCCUCGUGGCUCUGCUCCAGUCCUCUAACGACACUCUUGCCGAGGUGAUGGCAUCCUACGAGGAACUGACCCAGGCACGUGACGAUUUGGAGGAGACCCUCAGCCAACAGGAGGCUCAGAUCACCGACUUGGAAUCCUCUGCCGAGUCGGUCGGGUUCAAGGACGAUACCCUGAGGAAGAUCUACGCAGCCAAGGCCGAUACUGAGGCCGAGCUUGCAGAGGUCAAUGGCGAGGUUAUUCAACGCAGAGACAUAGCAAGUGGAUUUGCCCAGAAAUUCGACAAAUCUUGGAAUGAAUACAAAAACGGAUUUGGAGACGCCUGCAGCGAUUACUGGCUGGGUAAUGACGCCAUUUCCUCCCUGACGACGCGUCACUCCGAACUGAAGGUGUACAUCAAGACGAGUGUUGGUCAGCUCCGAUACUCGCAUUACAGGGAUUUCCAGAUGGAUUCCAGCAGCCGCAACUUUAAGCUGAAGUCAGUUCGCUACACCGCAGGAAAUGCAGGCGAUCAAUUGACUUACCUGCGAAACUACAGCUUCGGCACAAAGGACAGAGAAAACAACAACAACAGAUGUAGUAGUACACAAAAUGGCGGCUUUUGGUUUAAGACCACGAGAUACUGCGCCAAAUCUGGCUGGUGGGGAUCCUGUAGUCGCUAUCAGUACAGCUGUUCUACCACCAACGUGAACGCCAGGACGCCAUCUUGGUCCCAGGCCUCUAACUGGUCUCUCAUGAGGAUCCGCACUCAGUAA